AGCUGAACUGGGCUCUCUUUUCCUCAUGGGUUUGCAUGUGAAGUAUUUCUCAUAGACUUGCAGGGAGACAAUAAGGGCUUCAUGUAUCUUUGGUAGAUGUGUAGUACUGCUGUGUUGAAACUAAAUGCACAUCAUGCGCACAAAUAAUUUUCUCUUUCCAAACAGGUUGACACAGAAGAUGACACAGACGAGAAAGAGAGUCACGCUGAAGUGGAAGAAACCGCUCUUCUCCCCAAUAGCUCCCUCCCCAUUCAGAAUGGAGGUGAGGACAGAUCAGUGCUGGGGAUGCUGGAGGUGAGGGUAGAGAAGGAUCUGAGGACGGGGGCCACUGUGAUUACGUCCGUGGCCCCCCUGCCUCCCGGGGACCACCCCGGUGUGACAGAGGUGGAGAUGGUGUUCGACGACGGCCGUAAGAGCGUCAGAGCAGUGAGGGGGUCUCUGAGCGCAGCCGCCCAGCCCAGCGCAGAGGAGCUGGGGCAGGUGCUGAACACCCUGGCUGAGGUCGGAGUCCCUGCCCUGCUGGAGGUCCGGGGGCUGGUACCACCAUCUGUAGAGGGACAGGGUGGACGAGAGGAAGCCGAGGCUGCGAAGGAGGCAGAGGCAGAGUCAGAGGAGGCCGAACUGGAGGCAGAGGCAGAGUCAGAGGACAGAGACCAGGCCGCCGACUCAGGGUCCUCCCAUAAGAGCUCCCAGGAACUGGAGCCUGAGGAGGAUGCUGUUGACAGCAGAGGGGAGAGCGUAGGAGAUGCAGAUAGCGUGAAUGAAAAGGGUGAAGAGACAGAUGAACAUGAUAAUGUUAUUGAUACAGAGGAGGAGGAGGACGAGGAGGAGGAAGAGGAGAUGUUUAGGCCUGAGGAGGGCUUGGAUCCUAUCACUCUGACCUUUCUGGGCUUCAGUCAGGCAGCAACCGACCCUGGCCAGGGGAACCAGGAUGACGGAACGCUUGUCAGAGUAGAGCGGGUCUUUGUGCGUGAAGAUAGCGAUGAGGAGGAAGAGGGAAGGGAGGGAGAGGAGUAUUCCCAGGACCAUGAGCUGGCGUGUCCUCAGACAGAGAUCAGCCACACUUCUACUAGUCCAGUCCUGGGGACUCAUGAAAGGCAGCCUGGAGCAGAGGGACUUGCAGAGAUGGCUGACCCAGGUCUGGAGACUCAUGAAAGACAGCCUGGAGCAGAGGGACUUGCAGAGAUGGCUGACCCAAGUCUGGAGACUCAUUUAGCCACCCAGACAGACUGGCCACAAGCAAGACAGGGAGGUGGCGACACAGAGGAGAAGAGACACAGGAGCACAGACACCGAGGCUAUAGACCCAGCGAGGGCUGCGGCAUCAGGGCACGACCCAGACCGAGGUUCCCCGGAGGUCCCUCUUCACCUCUUGUCGUGUCCCACCUUGGGUACCAGGACUGAGGGGGCAGAGAUGGAGGGAGAGAUGGGCCGAGGGGAGGGAGCUGUGGAGAAGGAGUCACUGGAUGAUGUGUUUCAGGACGUCGGUCUGGAAGACCCCCAGCUAAGUCCAGCCCGGGACCCAGAGUGGCAGUCCUCCUGUGGAGAGCCAAGCAGAGCAGAGGGAGUGGGCAGUCCAAAGCACAAGACCUGCCAGUGCUGCUCCGUCAUGUGAGGUCAUAGAUAGCACACACUCUCACUCUCUCUCUGU